AUGAACCCUAUCGAGGCGACGGUGUCCUACAGCUCCGGCGCGUACAUCAUUGGCUUCGUGAUUCUGCUGGUGGGGGUGAUACUCCCGAUGGUAUACAUGGCGCUCCAAAACAAGAAGGUGUUCAAGGCUGUGCGACGAGACUAG